CUCGGUGUUCAGAAGAUGAUAUUGACCAAUCAGGGUCCUUGUCUUGAGAGUCAUGGAUUUAAAUCCUGUUUGGAGCAGCUUGAUAUCAAGAGGAUAAGAGAGACGCCAUAUCACCCUCAGACUAAUGGUUUGACAGAACGGAGUAACCGUACACUUAAGGAGUGGCUGACUUCGAAAGCCAAGGAGGCGAUUGGAGACGAAACUGACGUUAGUCUUAUUAGUGCGUCGUGCAUCGGUACAAGGGACAACCAAUAAGUCGUCAUUCCAGUUAGUGUAUGGCGGGGAACCACGGCUCCCAAUACACAGUAAGGCCUGGCCCCAACAACAGCCGUGGGACAUGACAAGAUUGAGAAAUGAGCGGAAACAGGCAAUCAGAAAUGUGGAACAGAAACCGGAAGCUGAUGCUGAAAUAUCUGAGGAGAGAGAAGGAAGUAAGUGGAAACCGUUUGAGGUCGGAGACCAGGUGAAAUGUAAAGAACGAGGAUAUACGUGAGGAGAUGAAUAUGGUAGAAGGGAAGUGUUCCCGAAGUGGGAAGGACCAUAUAUCGUAACCGAGAGAUGCGGUUCAGUUUAUACCAUCGAAGAGAAGAGAGUAAACGCCAGCCUAUUUCAAAAAUGGAAGUGGUAGGGAAAAGACGAAAUACCAAGAGAAGACAGCAACAAGACGAUGAACACGGUUGCAAGCGAGAAAGAUUGAUGGGUGUGUGGGUGGGGAGGGUGGUGGUGGUGCAAGAGUGUAGUGGGUGUUGUUGAUAAGAAUGGAUAUAAGUAGUCGAACUUUGCAAAAAUCGUUAUUUCCUGAUUCUCCAAAUGAUAUAUUUCCAUACAAUCCGGAAGAUUAUUUUCACAAUUUCUCUGAUGCCUCUCUGACUAAAACCCAAUCUGAAAUAUUUAUUAUCUAUGGGAUUUAAAUUCUGUGUGCCAGCAAAGAAUAUACGACAAAUCGAAGUUGAAGCCCAGUUUGAAAACUUAAAUGAUCAACUCAGGAGUCUUCGUGCUGCUUCGGAAGACAAUGAAAGUUGGUUCAAAUCCAAGAUGGUAGAUAUUGCAUACCAAUUCCGAACAAUGUCUUCCAGCCAAAAAGGAAUUAUUUCUAAAGAAUACUGGAGAUCCUUACGUGAGCUUCGAGAAAACAAAGAUCUGGUUAUUCUCAGUUCUGAUAAGGGAGAAUGUGUAACUCUUGUAAACAAAACAGACUAUGUUACAAAGAUGCUCGAAAUUCUCUCUGACAACUGGAAAUUCAUAUUGGAUAGUAACGCUAAAGACCAAACAUCAUAUAUUGAAAAGCAGAUGGUACAGCAACUAAAGCAGCUCCUCAAAGCUAAAUACAUAGACGAAACCACAUUUAAAAGCAUUAAACCAAUUGGAUCACAGAUCGCAAAGUUAAAUGGGCGAGCGAAGAUACAUAAGCCAGGUGUGCCUUUAAGGCUGAUAUUAUCAAUGAUAAAUUCACCAUAUCACAAAGUAGCCCAGUGGUUAUGUGGAUUUCUCGAACUAUUACGCAAACGUCUGGGAGAACACACUGUCUCUGAUACCUUCCAAUUUGUUCGAAACCUCACAGAUUUCAAUAGCACUGGAGGAAUUUCUCGUUUUAUGGGAUUGGACUUUUCAGUGCGCAAAGGUACACCAAUGUUUUUAUCUCUCCAAUACUCA